AUGGAACGAAUAAUAAGGUUACUAUUACUUAUUAAAAUUACUGCGUUUAUUUAUUUAACCUGGAUGUGUCAUGUUAACAAUAAUAUGAGGACAUAUGACAAUUCUCAGAAUGAGUACUCUAAUCAAAGUAAAAAAUUAUCUUCAAGAAAUUAUCGAUUAUUAGCAAAAUACAAACAGGAUAGUGAUUCACAUAUUGUGUGUUUAAAAGAAGGAAUACCAAAAAAUAGGAAACACGAAGAAAAAUAUAUACCGUAUAAUGUGAGAGGUACCAAAGCAAAACAGAAACAAUCUAAUAAAUGUUCAUUAAGUAAAGCACAAUAUUAUGUAGAAGUUAUGGAUAAUAAUAAUGGAAUUUUUGAUGGAAAACAUUUCCAUUUUGAAAGAAAAUGGAUCCGAAAAAGAGAUUAUGAUUAUAUUAUAGAGAAAAAUAAAAGAAUAUAUGAUAUAGCUUUAAAAAAAAUUAAAUUUAGAAGUUAUGGAUUUGGCGUUACUUUAUUUUUAAUUUUUUUGUUGCUAGGAAUAGGAUUACCAAUAUUAAAAGGACUAGAGUCAAUGGAAAAUAUUCUACAAUAUAAACCAUUUGGAAGUUUUUAUGGUUUAUUAAAUGAGAAUAAGCUUCUAGAAAGUGUUUUACCAGAAAAAUACUUUUAUGUGUUAUUAUUUGGUAUGAUUAUCCUUAUAUUAGGUGUCAUACUUAUAAUAGCUUUUAAUAAGAUAUUAAGAAAUAAUGAAAAAUACAAUAAAAUUAAGUUGAUGACUCAGUAA